AGGUGUUACGAACAGCAAUUUCCGGUGUGUGAAUACUGCAAGAAACCAAUACGUGAUGGCGAGGAAGAGGUCGACAACUGUCACAAGAAGCCGUAAGUAAAUCCUCCUUCGCUAUGAUCUUCUUCCCUCGCAGGACCAUGGGAACGAGAUUGAUAUUGUGUUAGGUGAAAUAGUCUGUUCGAAAGACAAGAGGCCCAUCUUGUGGAUACUUGUAUACUUUUCCCGACUUCCCUUGGGCAACAAAAUCGCUUUAUUAAUAUUUAUUUCAUGUUUAGAUGCUACAGCGACAAGACCGGGAGGUGUUGCGAAUGUGGUGCCAUAACUAGCCGAGGUUCUUAUUGCAAAAGGUAUGUAGCCGAAACAAACUGUGAACACCGAAACUAUUUGUGGAAUGUUAUAGGAAAAAGGCGACCAUUUUCGAGAAGGCUAAAUCGCGAAGGAUAUCGUUAUUUGUUCGAUUCUUUUUGCCAGGUUUGCUUCCAUAACGUUAUUGCAAUAAGUCAGAACAAGAUUAUCCAGUUAGUAGCAAAUGAGAAUGUUUACGGAGACUUAAUGACAAAUACAGCAAAUGCAUAAGAUCUUAACCUUUGUCGCGAAAUGAAAAAAAAUGCACCGAACUUUCCUUGUUGUUUAGUUUUCUACCACCCAGGCUACGCAAAACUUGUUGAAGAAAAUGGCCAUGUGGCUUUAGUGGUCCAUAUGUAACGAUCGUCUUGCAUACUGCCAGAAUAGGCGAUAUGAAGAGCCAUGCACGUUGUUUCAAUUGUCUUCUUUUAGACUGUGAGCAGUCUCUAUUUCUCCAAAUCUCAAAAAUGCUCAGCCACUUCCUUCCUACACGUGAGAUCCCGAAAGACGGAAAGCAAACAUUAGCCAUCCUAUUGGGUAGUUACUGUACUGAUACAAAACUGAAAGGAAUGUUGGAAUAGCUCAUCAAUUAUUGACUGACAUCAUAAUUCAGUAUCGUCGACAAUUAAUACUUGACCAAUAGUGCGUUCUAUAAAUGUCCAGGUGAGUUACAGAGGUUAUUGUGGAUUACAUGGCUUAUACCUUGGUCACUUAAAACUUUCGCCUCCUCCUCAACCAAUCGCAUGGAAACCUAACACAAUUCCGACUAGGACACUUGUAUUCACAACCCCGCCCAUUUUCCGUGGCUCCAUACUUUGCUGUAAUCAGUUGUUGAUUGGAGCUGCUAUUGAACAUUCUUAUCUUUAUUUUACGACGCUUGGUUAAAGAUCGAUCAUUAUAAAGUUACCCCACUCACUCCCCUUUUUCUUACCUGGUUCUAAAUAUACUUGCAGUUGCUAUGACCUAAAGUACCCACCGCCUCUCAGAGCUGAAGUAUUGGUGGCAGGAGUGAACUUGAAACUUCGUUCAAGGACGGAAGUGAAUCAGAAAAUGAUUGAAUCAGCCAAGUGA